CCCCCUAUUAAAAAUGCAAGUUUUGGAAAGUUUCCGUUCGUUGGUAUUUGACGCAAACAAAAAGUAAAAAAAAGGAAAGAGGGUAAGAGUAACGACAAAAGAGGGCAGUGGAAUCUCUUUCUGGAGAUGCAGUCAGUCAGAAUCAACGGCGGUGAUUGAAGAAGCCCCAAUAUAAAAUACCCAAAUAAAUUCAACCUAUUCCAUUCAGCCAUCUCUUAGCCCUCCACUCUAUUUCUGGCGCUCUCUGCGUGCGCUGCUGGCUUCCUCCUCCACACUGCUCAGCUGACAUUUCACAGAGCGAGAAGAAAAGGCUUUCGCCGCCGCCGCCGCCAUGUGUGGAAUCCUUGCAGUCUUCGGUUGUGUGGACAACUCCCAAGCCAAACGCUCCCGCAUCAUCGAGCUCUCCCGGAGGUUGAGGCACAGGGGUCCUGAUUGGAGUGGACUGCACUGCUAUGACGAUUGCUAUCUGGCGCAUCAGCGAUUGGCCAUUAUAGACCCUGCCUCAGGGGAUCAGCCACUUUACAACGAAGACAAGACUGUUGUCGUCACAGUUAAUGGGGAGAUAUACAACCACAAGGAGCUGCGUGAGAAAUUGACUUCCCAUCAGUUCCGGACUGGCAGUGACUGUGAAGUGAUUGCACAUCUAUAUGAAGAGUAUGGAGAAGAUUUUGUACACAUGUUGGAUGGCAUGUUUUCCUUUGUUCUUCUUGACACACGUAACAAAACUUUCAUUGCAGCUCGUGAUGCAAUUGGUAUCACACCACUUUAUAUGGGCUGGGGCCUUGAUGGAUCGGUGUGGUUUGCUUCAGAAAUGAAAGCACUGAGUGAUGACUGCGAGCGAUUCGUGUCUUUCCUGCCAGGGCACAUUUAUUCAAGCAAGGAAGGUUUGUUUUGGAUUGGAAAUUUUAGUAUGCUUACGUUAUCUGAACAAAGAUUAAUUUUUCUUACCUAAUGGCAAGCAAAAUCAUUUGUUCUCUCUUACACCACAUUGGUGCCUUUCUUUGUAUGUUUUUCCAAUAAACUGUAGCUGAAUUAAAUGGAUGUCCGGUAAGUAUCAUACAAAUGCACUAUGGAGUAUCAAAUUCAGUACCAGUUACUGAUGGAAAUACUUGGGUUGAAGUGGAACAGGCAUACAUACCACGGAUGUAGUAUUUAUACUUGAGGGCUGAGAUUCAAUGUGCAUGCAAGUUUAGAAAAUGCUUCUUUUGCGCUUUCCCAUUCGAGGCUGGUACCAGCAAUUGUUUUUGUGGUUUGAAAUGCUUUCAGGAAGUCUUCGGAGGUGGUACAACCCACCAUGGUAUACGGAAGAAGUACCUUCAACACCAUAUGAUCCGCUGUACUUACGUGAGGCCUUUGAGAAGGCUGUGACCAAACGGCUUAUGACAGAUGUACCAUUUGGAGUACUUCUCUCAGGAGGACUGGACUCUUCACUUGUUGCUUCUGUGGCUUCUCGAAAGAUGGCUGAAUUAGCAGCUGCUUGCCAGUGGGGAACACAAUUGCAUACCUUUUGUGUUGGUUUGAAGGGUUCCCCUGACCUGAGAGCUGCUAGAGAGGUAGCUGAUUAUCUGCACACUCGUCACCAUGAGUUCCAUUUUACUGUUCAGGAAGGGAUAGAUGCACUCGAGGAAGUCAUUUACCACAUUGAAACAUAUGAUGUGACCACUAUUAGAGCAAGCACACCAAUGUUCCUUAUGUCUCGAAAAAUCAAGUCUCUAGGAGUGAAGAUGGUACUUUCUGGGGAAGGCUCAGAUGAGAUAUUUGGAGGCUACUUGUAUUUCCACAAAGCACCCAACAAGGAAGAGCUUCACAAAGAGACUUGCCGUAAGAUUAAAGCUCUGCAUCUUUAUGACUGCUUGAGGGCCAAUAAGUCAACUUCAGCAUGGGGUCUUGAAGCUCGUGUACCCUUCUUGGAUAAAGAGUUCAUAAAUGUUGCAAUGAACAUAGAUCCAGAAUGGAAGAUGAUCCGACCUGACCUUGGAAGGAUUGAGAAGUGGAUAUUGCGUAAUGCGUUUGAUGAUGAGAAGAACCCUUACCUGCCAAAGCACAUACUGUACAGGCAGAAAGAACAAUUCAGCGAUGGAGUUGGUUAUAGCUGGAUUGAUGGCUUAAAGGAUCAUGCAAACAAUCAAGUUACAGAUGCAAUGUUGGUGAAUGCAAGCUUCAUCUAUCCGGAAAACACUCCUACUACGAAAGAAGCAUACUACUACAGGACUAUAUUCGAGAAGUUCUUUCCAAAGAAUGCUGCGAGGGCAACAGUACCUGGAGGUCCAAGUGUGGCUUGCAGCACAGCAAAAGCAGUAGAAUGGGAUGCAGCUUGGUCCAAGAAUCUCGACCCAUCUGGCCGUGCAGCCACUGGCGUGCAUGACUCUGCAUACGAGGAUGCUGCUAAGACUCCCUCUGCAAUGAAUGGUGCCUAAAUCGAUGCCAUUCCCUAAGCACCAGCAAGCGUAGAAGUGCGUGUUAGUUUAGUUGGAGGAAAGAGCUAUAACUCGUAUUAGACAGCAAGAAGGUUUGAUGUCUUAGUGCACCAAAUCCCUUUUAACUGUUCAGUCUCAAUUUCCCUCUAGAGCUCACCUCAACCAGUACUAAUUUCCUGAAGUUGCCUGUCUCUGUCUGUGCAUAAUGUGAUAGAUGCCGCUUUUGUUUUGUUUUUCAUUUAGGUUGUAAUUUGUGGUGAAUGGUUCUUGAGUCUCUUCUAAUGCAAAAUCCUAAGCAUUCUAGAUUAUCCCACUCGCUGAAUGCUUCAUAUGAAGCUACUGGCAUUGCUCCCCUUGGGAUUCCAUAAGCAACGUCAAAGCACAGUGGUCGUGUAAACGUCAACUAGGCAAGUCUGUUCAUAUCAUUCUAAUUCCUCUUUACUGCAUAUGGAAUCA